ACCAUUACUGUCACUCAAGGAGUUUUUGUAGCUAGAUGAGGACGAGAGGGCAGUGCAGUUUGGUGCGGCUCUGUGGCACCCUUGCAAUUCUGACUUCGAAGUUUUUCGCUGGCGUGUAUUAAUCUUCAUCGUAACGAUUGUUGUCGAAAACGUGCUUUGUUAUUAAUUUUCUGUAACCGUCUCGAUACGAAAGACCGCGCGGAUGUGUCGUUAGUGUGCACGUGUUCUUUACGCUCGCGCAGUGUUUCGUAAAGAGAAGAGGCCAAGAUACAUACGUACGCGGAACUGCAGCUGAAAGGGAGGAAAAGAGAAGAAACACAACGAAGAAGAAAAGGAAGAAGUAGAAGAUGAGCAAGACGUGCGCCCGCUGCGAGAAAACGGUCUACCCGAUCGAGGAGCUCAAAUGCCUCGACAAGAUAUGGCACAAACAGUGCUUCAAGUGUCAGGGCUGCGGCAUGAUCCUGAACAUGCGGACGUACAAGGGUUUCAACAAACAGCCAUACUGCGAGGCGCACAUACCAAAGGCGAAAGCCACCACGAUGGCGGAGACGCCGGAACUGAAACGUAUCGCGGAGAACACGAAGAUUCAAAGCAACGUGAAGUAUCACGCCGAAUUCGAGAAGGCAAAAGGCAAGUUCACCCAGGUGGCGGAUGAUCCGGAGACUCUGAGAAUCAAGCAGAACAGCAAAAUUAUCUCCAACGUGGCCUACCACGGCGAACUUCAAAAGAAGGCCAUCAUGGAGCAGAAAAGGACGAUGACUGGUGAAAAUGGCGAACAGAUCGAGUACGUAGAGUACACGGACGGUACGAUCGCGCCUGCAUCAGGCGUGAACGCGAAUCCACCGACCGCUAGAACUGCGAGCUCGCCGGUGCAAAGGACACCAGGUAGGAUCGCCGAUUACGAUCCCCUUAGCGAGGCAAGACCGAGCCCCUAUUCCGCCAGGCAAGCGGCCACCACUGUGAUUUAUACGAGCGACAAGGGACCAGUAACGAAUCCACCGACCAGAAAGAUUGGUUCGGUAGCGGAUAUAGACCCCGUGAACGAGUAUUACGGAUCAUUGACGCCAGCAACGAACAACAAUCACGUACCACAACAUCAACCACCUCCACCACCACCCACCAACGUUGGGAGAGUGUACAGAGCGAUGUACGAUUACGAGGCCCAGGAUCUCGACGAAGUAAGCUUCUGCGACGGCGAUCUGAUCGUCAAUUGUACGGCCAUCGAUGAAGGUUGGAUGACGGGUCUCGUGCAACGCACAGGACGACAGGGAAUGCUACCAGCCAACUACGUUGAACCGGCGCAGAUUUAAACGCCACUCCUCCUCUUCCCAUCCUCAUCGCCUUCGUUUCCGACUAGAAGGAGGAAACUGUCUGUGCG